AUGAUUGCCAACACAUCCCAAGUGGGAUCCAUUCACAUGACGGCCAUCCAUAAAAUGGAUAGUCAUUUGGGACCAGUCUAUCGAUUUCAGGGCAUUUCAGUUCCCAAACAAUUGAAUAUCAAUUCCUAUACUUUUUCUAUUCUUCGAGAAAGGGCUCAAAAACUGAAUUCUUCUAAAUUCUUGGAUCAGUUCAACGAUAAGAAUGUCAACGAAUUUGACAAUAAGUCACACGACGAGGAAAAUCUGAAUAAAAGCUUUAAUUAA